GUUGGUUUGUGUGCCAUCGCUGGCCGUAUAGCCGCCGGUAGUGCCGUCGAUGAUGAGGUGCAUAACCUGCCGGGCGUUGACUUUGCCAUAAACUAUAGACAAUAUUACGGGUAUUUGGAGGCAACGGACGGCCGAUUCCUUCACUACUGGUUUUUCGAGAGCCAACGCAACGCUACGGACGACCCGCUGGUGCUGUGGUUUAACGGGUGUACGAGUCUCGUGGGUGCGCUCACAGAACAGGGACCACUACUAGUCAAGCCGGACGGUACGGGUCUAUACGCUAAUGAGGGCGCGUGGAAUCGGGAGGCGAACCUACUGUUCAUCGAAGGGCCGGCGGGUGUGGGCUUCUCAUACAAGAAGGACGGCAACUACACCACCGAUGACGACGAGAGCGUCGCCAACACAUACGCGGCCCUCCAGGUCUUCUACCGGCGGUUCCCCGCAGUGGCCGACAGCGACCUGUACGUCGCCGGCGAGUCAUACGCCAGCCUAACGGUGCCGUUGCUGUCGUCGGUGAUCGCCGGCCACAUACGGGCCAACCGGACAGACAUUAAGCUCCGGGCGUUUGCGUUGGGGAACGGUUGGUGGGAUUGGGACGCCCCAUACGACGCUCAGAUACCCUACGCCUACUAUCACGGCCUCAUUGACAGCGCCCUAUGGGCCGAGCUAUUGGCGAACUGUUGCGCUCCGGGAGGCGGUGCCGAUAGGUGUGACUUCAAGGGCGAGGCCUCCCGUAACGCUAAGUGUAAGGCACCGGUAAAGAGGGCCACAGACCUGAUAAACACCCCGCGUCUCAACACGUAUAACAUAUACGCCGACUGCCAUAACGUGACCGACCCGUCCCACCCCGUGUGCUUCGACGAGCGCCCACUCGAGUCCUGGAUAAACCAACCGGACGUCCGCCGGGCCCUACAUAUACCCGAUCAGGUCCACCGGUGGCACGCCUUCCAGACCUUUAAGGUCACAGAUCCGACGUACGUCACAAUGCGGCCCCAGUAUAGGGAUCUGUUGCGGUGGACGGCGCCCGACGGCCGGCCCUUUAAGGUACUGCACUAUGCGGGCGACGUCGACAUUAUGGCACCAUUUCUGGGCAUUCAA